GGCGACCCGUCGCCAUGGCGACCCCGUGAUCGACCAAUCAAAAUCGAUCACGUGAGUCACGUGUUCGCCGAUUUGGGGACCGUCUACGGACACGUACGUGCACAAUCACGUGAAUUGAAAAGAAAGUUAAAUACUGUCAAACAUUUGACAUCUUGUGGUGAUCUUGCUAAAGAGAUCAUGGAAACUAAAGAAAAGCAAAAAAGAACUGCUAUUUCUUAUAGUUUAAAAAAAGAAAUCUGUUUGUUUCAUCAAAAAAAUCCUAAUAAAACCCAAAGUGAUAUUAAAGAUGAGUUUAAUUCAAAGUAUCAAUUAAAUUUGGAUAGAUCUACGAUAUCUAAGAUUUUAUCUAAUAAGGAAAAAUGGAUAAAUCUUACGCCUAAUGAGACCGACAACAUUAUUUUUCGUAAGAGUAGAGUUAAGCAUCCAAGUUUAGAAAAGGCUCUUAGUAUUUGGGUUAACCAAGUAAUAGUAUCGGGGUUAUCAGUUUCAGAAGCUUUAAUUUCUGAAAAGGCUCGUUAUUUUGCGACGAUUAUGGGUAUAUCCGAAGAAGAUAUGAAAUUUUCUAACGGUUGUCGUGAACCUAAUGAAUAUAGCUCUAGCAAUAGUAAAACUGAUGAUACGGAUAUUAGUUAUAGUGAAACAGAUAACAUGAACAUUGGCGAUAGUAGUUAUAAGUAUAUUCCUAUAGUUAUGGCAUUUCUUCCAGUCGUAACCGUAGCAUUUCUCCCAGUAAUGACAAUUGCAAUAGCCGUGGUCGUGAUAAUUUCAUUUCUCUUGAUAACAGGUAAUCUAGAUUUUCGUUCUAAGGGAAAAAUGCUAAAGGCACUUACUGAUCUUUUAUUUUCUAAACCAUGCUCUGGUCCCAGCUGUGGUCGUGAUUGGAAUAUUUCUCCUGAUAACAGCAAUAACCCUGGUUAUAACUGUGGUCGUAUCCGUAGUAUGUCUCCUGAAAAUAAUAGUAGUAAUGGCUUUGGUCGUGGCCGUGACAUGUCUCCCAAGAAUAAGGAUAGCAAUAGCCGUGGUAUGUCUUCUGUUAGCAAUAGCCCUCGUCAUAACCGUGGUAGGUCCCUUGAGAGCAACAGUAGCAAUAGCCCUGGUCGUAGCCGUGGUCACAGCCGUGGUAUGUCCCUUGAGAGUAACAGUAGCAAUAGCCCUGGUCAUAACCGUGAUCAUAGCCAUAGUAGGUCCCUUGAGAAUAACAGUAGCAAUAGCCCUGGUUGUAACCGUUACCACAGCCAUGGUAUGUUCCUUGAGAGUAAUAGUAGCAAUAGCCCUGGUCGUAAUCGUGAUCAUAGCCGUAGUAGGUCCCCUGAUAGUAACAGCAGCAAUAGCCCUGGUCGUAAUCGUGGUCACAGCCGUGGUAUGUUCCUUGAGAGUAACAGUAGCAAUAGCCCUGGUUGUAAUCGUGGUCACAGUCGUGAUAUGUCUCCUGAGAGUAACCACAGCAAUAGCCCUGGUUAUAGCCAUGAUAUUUCUCCUGAAAAUGAUAAUAGUAAUAGUCCCGGUUGUGAAUUCCCUGAUAAUAGUACUAGUCACGGUUAUAAACGUGGUUUCUCAGAUAAAGAACAACGGAAUUUAGAAGAAAAUGAUAUAGAGAAUUUACAACAGGUUUUAAGUUUAGAAACUGCUAUAAAUAUAAGUGGGCUUGCUACUUAUAUUAAUGAUAAUGAAAUUGUUCCAACAGAAGAGUUUUUAGAUGAUGAACAAAUUAUUGAUCUUGCAACUCAAUCUGCAGAAUUUGAUAGUAGUUCAGGUGACGAAGAACUAGUUUUAAUAAGUCAUAAAGAGGGAUUAAAUGCUUUAACUACUUUUAUUGAUUAUUUUAAACAACAAGCGGAUGCAGAAUUUAAAGUUGAAGAUUU